AUGCCGAAUACCACGGAAACGGAUAAGAGGCAAACUAAGCUGAAGGCCUUGGAAUCCAAAAAACAAAUGUUUUUCUUACGGCUUCAAAAGCUUUUAGAUUAUAUUAAAGAUUUGAAUAAGCCUAAAGUUGCAGAAUAUUUCAGAAUGGGUUUAUACUCUAUUGAAACGACAAAACAAAGCAUUAUGGAAGUUGUAGAAGAGAUAAAUAUGAUUCAGUUAGACAUAAAUCCAGAUAGUUCACCAAAUUAUCAAGCAAUUGAAGCUGCUGAAGAUUUAUAUUGUCGUAUUAAAUUGGCCGCAGAUCAGGUAGAAAAAGGAUUGUUGGAUUCUAGUAUUAGUAGUGGUACAAUUUCAAAAAUUCCAUUAAAACCGCAACACAAAUUACCUGCAAUUGAAUUAGUGGAUUUUAAUGGUGAUCCUAAAGUAUGGCCCAUAUUUUACCAAAACUUCAAGAGUUGCGUUCAUGAAAAUGCUGAGCUAGACGAUGCGUGCAAAAUACAUUAUCUGCUGAGUAAACUCAGUGGUCGUGCCCUCACUCUUUGUUCUGGAAUACCUCCAAUUGCAAAUAACUAUGAAAGUCCUGUAGUAUUGUACGCGAAAUUGUUUAUUCGUAAACUCUGGUCCAUUAAAUUAGAAUGGGACUCGGACCCUCCAGUCGAACUUGUUAACAGCUGGAAAGAUUUUGAAAAUGAAUUGCCUCUUCUUACUCAGGUGAAAGUUCCUAGAUGGCUAGGAGCUCAUACAAAUUCGCCUAUAACCUUAAUAGGUUUCUCCGACGCAAGUCAAACUAGUUAUGCCGCUGCUGUUUAUAUGAAAACUGUUUCAAACGCGUUCAUGGCGGAUUUGCACCUCAAGGCACUCACAGGCAACGUCAUGCGUCCAUUGCACGCGAGCAAGCGCGAAUCAAGUAUAGAUAACGCUGACACGUACUUCUCUAUAGAGGAGAUAGAGGAAUGUAUUGACGAUAUUUUGGAAGGCUACAUAGUGUUGGUCAUAAUGAGAGGUUUGCCGGGCAGCGGUAAAUCGCACUUAGCGAAAUCCAUACUUAGGGCUUGUUAUACCAAUCCGAACUACGAGCAUCAUAUACACAGCGCCGACAACUUUUUCAUGAACAGAGGGAAGUACAAGUACGACGCGAGGCAGAUCGGCCAGGCGCACCAGUGGAACCAGAGGAACGUGGACCACAGGAUGCAGGAAGGUUAUAGUCCCUUGAUCGUGGACAACACCAACACCGAAAUGUGGGAGAUGAUGAAUUACGUUGGGAUGGCCGUGCGGAACGGCUACAAGAUCCGCGUUCUGGAGGUGAACACCAGAUGGUGCUUCAGUUGCAGAGAUCUUACCAGCAGGAACCAGCACAAUGUUCCCAAACGUACCAUCGAGAACAUGUUGGCGAGGUACGAGAUGGGCAUUACGGCUGAGAAACUCUUGGUGAAUUACCAUUACCAAGACCAUUACGGUCUUAUGAACGGGGUAUCUAACCUCAAUUUGUCGGAGUCGCCAAACAUGUACAACUAUUUCGGCUGGGACACGAGCUUAGAUAACCACGUCGUUGAAGAUUGGAGGAUCUUGGAGACUCCCACACGUCAAGUUGGCUUCGCGCCUAUCGCGCCCGUCAAAAAGCCAGCUACGUCCGAGAUCGGCACUAACACGGAAAUCUUGGAUUUCCAUCGAGAGACGGAUCUCAAGGUUAUGUACGGAAGGAACAGGGAGAUCGCGGAAACGCGAAAGGGGAUCGCCGUUAACAGGCCUGGUAUGUUGGACGAGGGCUGUUGGACCGGGGACGACGUUCGGUCGGACAGAAACGAGGACUUGAAGAAGCUGAUCGAUAUUUUCCAGAAAGUACCGGCCGAGCACAUCAGAGAGAUGUACGACGAUUGUAGGGGGUAUUUCGACAUGACUUUCGAGAUCAUCUUGGAGGAUAACAAGGAUUAUUCGCAUCUAACGUACGAGCGGACUAACGAUCAGCAAAUGGCGGAGGAAAAUUCGGUCGUUAGUGGUAAAAGCGCGUCCGUGGAGUCGCUGAACGAGGUCGGCGUAAACCCGGAGACCCAGAAGUGCAUCCUGGACGUGCUGGUCAAGGAGGAUGAGAGGUUCGCCAGAAAAUUGCAAGAGGAAGAGAACAAUGGAUCGACGGUUAGCAAAUCGCCCCCGGAAGGUCUCCGGGAGAUCAUGAACGAGCAGGCGGCGUUGCGGUUGCACAAGAGGCAGAUGCCGGCGUUGAAGACGCCCAAAGACCUGUCGACGGAGCUCACGAAGAAGAAGCUGUUCGAGACGUUUCCGCACGUAUAACAGGACGUCAUACUGAAAUUGUACCACGCCAACGAGCUGAAUUACAAGCAGACUGUCGACGAUUUGAUAGCUUCCGUAGGCCAAGCAGGCGUAGGUUCGACAGGCGGGAAUAUAAGGGAGCCGCCCAUCAGCGAGUCUACGAUGCAGGAACUGGAGGAGGCUCAUAUAGACUGUGAACCGCCAGCAAAGGAGGAUAAGACUAAAUCGGCUACUGAGUACCGGGAAGAGGCAGAUUACCACCGCAAAAAACGAAACGAACUGAAUCAGAAAGCCAAAGAGCACCACAGGAAAGGACAAACGGAGAUAGCUCAAUUUUAUUCGGUGCUGGCGCAACAGCAGACCAAGUACUACGACACGGCGAACAACAAGGCUGCCACGGUUUUCCUAGACGAAAACUCGAAGCAGUUGAAGAACAUGAACACCUUGGACCUCCAUUAUCUCUUCGUUAAGGAAGCCGUGUCCGCCUUGGACAUUUUCAUCGACGGUAAAAUCGAGCAUCUGAACGCAACCGCCGGGAAACAAACUCAUUCCCUCCUUAUUAUAACCAUAAGAGGCAACAGGAGCGCCAACGGAGUUAGCAAAAUAAGGCCUGCUUUGAUGCAAAGACUCGAAGCCAGAAAAAUAAGAUAUCAUAAAAUGAAUCCGGGGCUGCUAAAAAUCAAGAUCAAACGCAACACGCCUGUUACCAACGAUCUCUGA